AUGGCGGCUUUGUGCUUAUUGCUUUCGUUGCCAGUUGCGCAGGCUUUCUUGGUAAACGAUAAAUUACCUCAAUAUAAUUCUUAUGGUAAAAGCUUGGUUUUGGUUGGCGGCCAUCUGGAUGAAAACAACACAGAAAUCUAUAGCAGCAUCGUUAAACUUGCUGGAGGAGUAACGCGUGCCAAGAUUGGGAUCGUCACUGCGGCCUCUGCUGAUCCCGCGGACAGCUGUUAUUAUUAUUCCGACUUAUUUCUGCAUCGUUAUAAGGCCCUUUCUGUCUAUUGUAUACCAAUAGACGUCAAUCAUAUUUCCAAAAAUUCGAAUCAGAGUAUUGUGGGCAAAAUAAAACAACAAACAGGAUUCUUCUUUGGAGGUGGAGACCAACAGAGAAUUAUUGAUACGUUUUUUCUAAGUGGUCACGUAGAAUCUCCAGCAAUGACAGCGAUCAAGGAGCAAUUUGAUGCUGGCGCCGUUAUAGCUGGCACAAGUGCAGGUACUGCUUGCCAACCGUCAGCUAUUAUGAUCAGAGGUGGGAUGAGUUGGGAUGGUUUGCGAUAUGGGGCUUUUCAAUCUGAAAGCAAAGAUCAUCCUGAUAAUUUGAUAUACAACAAAGAUGGCGGAACUGGUAUGUUGGAUGGUUUUAUCUUUGACACACAUUUCAGUCAGCGUGGACGAGAAGGUCGUCUCAUCAGGUUGUUGUCAGACACCCGUAGUUUAAAGCAUGGUGUAGCCUGGGGUAUUGGUGUGGAUGAAAAUACUGCACUCGUAAUAAUGCAUGCUGGAACUAUUCAAGCUAAAGGAGAGAUUAUAGGGGAGAAUGGUGUAUUUGUUGCAGACGUUUCUAGAUCCCAUAUAGACACCAGCACCAAAUAUUUCAACAUUGACAAUGUAAUGGUACAUUUUCUCACUCACGGAGAUAAAAUGUUCCUUCAAAAUAAAACCAUCAAGUUUUCCCCGACCAAGACCCGAAUGAAGGGUCAUGAAAAUUACGAUCAUGCGUUAACAACACAUAAUAUAUUUGGCGGGAACAGACGUCACCCGACACAGAAGUCUGAAUUUACAAGAGUCGCUACCAGUAUCUUCGAUUCUCGAUUGGAAACAAGUAGUUAUGGUGAUACUUAUGAAAAUAAUCCAAGAUUCAGUGUUACAAUGUCACGAGCAGUGGCUGGAGCGGAGGGAUUUGUCGAAAGAAAACAUAGUUUUCACACAGACAUUACGUCUUACACCAAUCUUUAUGUAGAAUUAAACUCUGUGACAUAG